UUGUUAUUGUUGUAGUGCUUUUGUUACGCAAUUAAAAAGUUGUGGAACACACACGAUUACAUGAUUACAUUUCUUUCUCCUCUUCAAAUCUUAAUUAUUUCUAUUUAAGACGUAUUUCUUUUCUUUUUUUCUUACAUCAGUCGCAUCCUGCAUAAGUAAAUUGACUUUUCGAAGAUGAGUCAGAAGCGGUACGGAACUAUGGACUCCCGAAUGUCCUCCAGCAUGGGCUCGCCUCAGCCAGGCGCAAGUGAUAGACAAUCUAAGGAAUUGGCUGAAAGUAUCACAACUAAUAUGUACACAAUCAACAAUGGCAGUCGUACUUUGGAUCAGGCUCUAAAAAUCAUUGGAACUCCCAGGGAUAAUCAAGCCGUACGAGACAAAUGGCAUGUUACUCAGAUGAGUGUAAAUCAAAUUAUCGCCCAAAUGUCAAAGGAUCUCCAGAAAUUCUCAGCUCUUUCCCGAUCAGGUGAUAAAGCUCAAAAGUUACAAAGUGAGAAGCUCGUCAACAAUUUCAAGGAAACAGUCCAAACCUACAGUGACCUUCAGAAUCAAGUAGCACAAAAGAUGAAAUCAAACCCACUUCCAACUGUGCUAACGAUGGAAGAAGAGAAUAAAUUAAACUUUGAAGCUGUAGAAAGCGAUCAACGGCAGCUGAUAGCUCAGAAACAACUGCAGAAUGAACUCGAAUUCGAACAGAGUCUACUAUUGGAGCGUGAAACACGAAUGAGGCAGAUUGAAGGGGAUAUAAUCGAUGUCAACGUAAUUAUGCGUGAACUAGGGGCCAUUACACGUCAGCAAAAUGAAAAUAUAAACUCAAUUGAAGGUGCUGUAGAAUCUAUCUAUGACAACAUUGAAAGGGGCACAGAGGAAUUGAGGAAAGGUGCUGAGUAUCAGGUGCGACGGCGCAAAAAAAACUGUUGUUUGUUGACAGUUGUAGCGACGACUUUCGUAGUUCUUAUCAUAAUUUUCUGGCAAUUUUCUAGGUGAUCAUUCAUGACCUUUCUCUAGCCUGCUUCAUGUCUACCCUUGAAAAUUCCAUUACCUUGUUUUUUAUUGUGUAUAUUUGAUUAUUUUGCAUUAUCUCUACCUAGUUUAAGUAUUUUUUAACCUUGUAUCAUUGUUUGUUAGGGAAAGACUCGAAAUUUAUCCAAAGCCUUUAUCCCGUGCUUCAUUCCUAAAUCGCUAGGCACCUUGCUCCUGUUAUGUACCUUCAUUUAUACUUUUUUUUUCCGCAAAGUUACUGGACUAAAAAUGUUUUUACUUAAUAUAUCGAAAUUAGAAACAUUAAUGUCAUGAGUCUGUACAUCUUGAUUUUAAAAAUAAAGUUGCAUUUGGAAAUCGUGUCACUCGAAAAGGUGAACAUGAAUUUAAACAUUUUUUACAAGCUAAAA